UAUCUCCUUUGUCCGAACAUUUUUCCCGCAACUUACCGAGCGUGACAACAUCGGAGGGAGACUGGCGCUGUUUUGGGCUUUUCUGCUGCUACCAUGCCGAAGCGAGCGUACCCUUUUACAGAAACCUUCUCGUCCCAGUACAAAAUACACGUCGGGCAGCAUGAGUUGAGUCAUUCCAGCGUGUUGGGGAAUAAAUACAGAAACGAAAUAUACGAAAAGACCAAGAACUUACUUUUUAAUGGUGCCAAGGCUGUGGUGGACAAAAUAUGGUCUGGCGACGAGAAGGCCACCGACCCUCAGCCAAGUGGAGAAGAAACUCUCUUAAGAGGACAGACUUUGAUAGGGACAGACGGAAGACUGACUAAAGCCACCAGAAGACAAGGGCCCCCUGCGACUAGCUGCUGCGUGUGUCAAAAGAGUUCAUCAUGCCGGACAUCUUGUUCGCAGUGCGAGCGACUUGCGUGCUCGUCCUGCAGUCGACAGUGCUUCAACUGCUCAAACCUCUGUUGCUCUGUAUGCACCGUCAUAGACUACAGUGGGCGUUACGACGAAGUACUCUGCUGCAGUUGUUCCACGUAAUGGAAGUCCGGGUCACAGAUGAGUUUAUGCUUGAAUAUGCAGUAUUCUCGUUUAAUGAAAUACUCAAGACUGCAUUUUUUUUCAUGACCUGAAUCCUUUUUUGUGAUCUAAAUGUGUAUAUGUAUAGAUAUUGGAAUAAACUUGAACAUUUUUAUACCA